AUGGCAAUUAUCCCAUCCACUCUAGAAUGCUCCCUGCUCAACAAACGCAAGUCGCGAUGGGAGAAAGUGGAGGAGUUGAAUAGGGAUCACUUUACCAAACAACAGAAACCAUCACUCAGUCAAUUAGCGUUGGCAAAUGCUCAUUAUUUGGCAAAUUCCAAAUACAGUCUACCAAUUACUCGUUGGGGUAAGGAGGACGAUAAGCCGUACCUUCCUCCACCUUUUGUUGACUUGCCGUCUGGUUUAUCGCCAUCAGAACUAGAUCAAUUCCUUAGGGAACAAAGGCAUGAUGAAUUGGCUAGGAAGAUUGCAGUGGGAGAGUUGGAAUUUGGAGAUCCAGAUAUCAGACCCCCAUCGCCACCCCCAGCCUAUGACAAAAUGGGCAACAGAGUCAACACCAGGGAUGUAAGGGUUAGAAAUGCCAUGAAAGAUGAAUAUUUUAGGAUUGUUGAGAAUUUGUCGAAAGUUUUGGUUGGAUUUGCGCCGCCCGCAGAUUACAGGCCAGUUAAGAAAUUUAGGAGGAUUGAGAUACCUCUGGAUAAGUACCCUGAAUACAAUUUCAUGGGCCUGAUCAUAGGCCCCCGUGGCUGCAAUCACAAACGGCUUGAGACAGAAUCUGGAGCUCAAAUAUCUAUCCGAGGCAAAGGCACCCAAAAGGAAGGAAAGAGAUCGGAUCAUCAGACAGAUGAAGAGGCAGCAAUGCCAAUGCACGUAUACGUCUGCGCUGAAAACGAGGAUGCUGUUGACAAAGCCGUGAAUUUGAUAGAACCGUUGUUAGAUCCGUUCCAUCCAUUACACGAGGAAUAUAAGAGGAGGGGAUUGGAACAGUUGGCAUUGGUUAACGGUGUAACAAUGGGUACAUUGGAUAAUACGAAAUGUACUUUGUGCGGUGAGACUGGACAUGCUGCAUAUUCUUGUCCUGAUGCUGGCGGUCUCAUGAACUAUGCUAGACCUCAGAUUAAAUGUGAAAUUUGCGGUGACAUGGGUCAUGUAACUAUGGACUGUAAGAUGGCAAAACCCGGUGAUUUUAAGAUACUCAAUACACUAAAUGGAACUCGUUACCCUACUUCAACAUUCCAUUCCGGGGGAAUAUCACUCCAACCAAAACAACAAGAACCACAAGAAUACGCCCCCUACGAAACAACAUCUCAAAGUGGAUAUUAUAUGGACCAGUCUGUAUACAAUCAAUCAUGGAACAAUGUAACUCCGGAAGCGUAUCAGUACUACUACAAUUACUAUCAGCAGUACUAUCAGCAAUAUAUGAACGAUCCGAAUUAUCAGCAAUAUAUGAAUGAUCCCAAGUAUCAGCAAUACUUUAACGCUAUGCAGAAAGUACAACAAACGACUACAAAUGGUAGCACGGUUGAUGUCACAACUUCAGUUCCAGUGCCUAGUGAGCCUCCUUUGCCUGAGGCUUCAAUACCCGAGCCGGAUGAGCCUUUGGCCCCCCCGCCUCCAAUGUAG